AUGAGACGAACAAUCUUCUCUCCUCUCCUCCGCUCAAGAUCACGCCCAGUACCUACCUUUCGGAGCAGGCCAUUCGAACCAUUCUCCUCCCGCAGAACCCUCAUCUCCGCCGCAGAAGUCCAAUUCGGCCAACCAAUCCACGAAACCCACCCUCACCUCAUCGCACCAGGAGACCUCUCCCCGGGAAUCUCAGCCCUCGAAUACCAUCAUCGUCGCGCCGCAUUAGCUAGCAGACUUCCCCGAAAUUCCCUUGCGAUCCUCGCCUCCGCAGAUCUCAAAUACAGAAGCGGAGCCGUCUUUUACGAAUUCCAUCAGGAUUCGAACUUCUUCUACCUCACUGGAUUCAAUGAGCCGGAAGCUCUGGCCGUGAUCGAGAGAGGAGAAGGAGAGAGGGAUGUGGAAUAUACUUUCUGGUUGUUUGUGAGAGGGAAAGAUGAACGGGCAGAGAAAUGGGAUGGAGCACGGAGUGGAGUACAGGCUGCUCGGGAUGUUUGGAACGCGGAUGAAGCGAUGGAUAUAGAGCAAUUGGGCUCCAUGUUGCCGCGAUUGGUAAACGGAAGACAGGUAUACACAGACAUCGGCGAGAGAGAAAAGGGCCAGGGAGCUCUGGGGAGAUUCGUAAGAGGCAGACCCAAAGUCGAAGGCAUGGCCCAAGUCCUAAAGGCUGGCAACGCCACAGUGAAGGCACUGCGACCUCUGCUCAACGACCUCCGAGUCCGCAAAAGUGAAGCAGAGCUAGCCUGUAUGCGCAAAGCCGGUUCCGUCUCCGGAAGAGUCCUCACAGAAGCAAUGAAAAGCACCCCCAAGACCGAAAAACAACUCUGGGCAGAUCUAGCCUAUGGUUAUCGCUCCAACGGUCUCGACGGCGAAGCCUACGUUCCAGUGAUAGCAGGCGGCCGGAACGCCCUAUCAAUCCACUACGUUCGCAACGAUUCCCUCCUCCAACCAGGGGACACGGUCCUCGUAGACGCCGGCGGAGAAUACGGCUCGUACAUCACAGACAUAACACGCACGUGGCCCAUCGGCGGCAAAUUCACAGACCCCCAGAGAGACCUUUACAGCAUGAUUCUGAAUGUGCAGAAGAGCUGCGUAUCCCUCUGUCGCGAAGACGCAGACGUAACACUGGAUAAGAUUCAUGCCAUCUGCGAGAACGGUUUACGACAUGGCCUGCGAUCGCUCGGUUUCGAUGUCAAGGGCAACGCCAUGGACGUCCUAUUUCCUCAUCAUGUAGGCCAUCACAUCGGUCUCGAUGUCCACGACGCGCCUGGCUACCCACGAACAGACCGCCUCCGGAAAAACCACUGCAUAACAAUCGAACCCGGAAUCUACGUGCCCGAUUCCGACCGAUGGCCGGCGCAUUUCCGCGGUCUAGGAAUACGGAUAGAAGACUCAGUCGUCAUAGGAGAAGACAGACCAGAAAUCUUAACACGAACAGCAGUCAAAGAUGUAGAUGAGAUAGAAGGUCUGAGAUGA